AUGACCAAGAGCCGAUCUAUUCGUAUUGCAGGUGCCUCGGGGUCCACCUCGGACCGGCGUAAAGCCAUCGCUGAAUUCGCGCAUCACCACCCGACGGACCCGAUCGAUGUGAUCAUUGCGGAUUUCAUGAGCGAGUACAACAUGGCUACCGCCGCGGGUCGGCGCGUGGACCAGGCGAGCUCCCACCCUGCCUAUGAUCUGUCGUUCCUGGAGGCUGUGGAGCCAGCCCUGGAGGAUCUGGCCAAGCAUGGGAUUAAGCUUGCGGUCAAUGCGGGAGUCACAGAUACAAAGGGUCUCUACGAGGUGGUCGUGCGCAUGGUGCAGGCGAAGAAGCUGGAUUUGAAGGUUGCAUGGAUCUCGGGAGAUGAGGUCUUGACGACCGUCCAGAAAGGACUGGCCUCAGGGUCUGAAUUCCGCAAUGUCUACACGGGCGAGCGAUUGGCCGAUUGGUCGUUCGAGCCUAUCUAUGCCCAAUGCUACCUCGGCGGUCUGGGGAUCGCGGCCGCAUUUGCAGAUGGUGCGGACAUUGUGCUCUGCGGACGAGUCUCGGAUGCUUCUCCUGUCAUCGGAUCGGCCUAUUGGUACCAUGGCUGGCAGCGCGAGGACCUGGACAAGCUCGCCAACGCCUUUGUGGCGGGACAUCUCAUUGAGUGUAGCAACUAUGUCUGCGGUGGCAACUUCACCGGGUUCAAAGCACUGGAGCACGCGGGUCAAGAUGCGUGGACCAAUAUCGGCUAUCCCAUCGCUGAGAUCUCUGCCGAAGGCGAGGUUGUGAUCACCAAGCAGGCGCAUUCCACCGGUGGGGCGGUCACUGUUGACACCUGCACUUCACAACUUCUCUAUGAGAUCCAGGGACCUUGGUACUUCAACUCCGACGUCACCUCGGUCCUCGAUGGCAUUCAUUUCGAGCAGCGAGGUGUCAACAGAGUCGCAGUCCUUGGAGUUCGGUCGAGCCCUCCUCCGCCUACCACCAAGGUCGGUAUCACUGCCCGGGGUGGGUUCCAGGCAGAGGCAUGGUGGUUCUUGACUGGCCUGGAUAUCGAAGCCAAAGCCCGCAUGCUGGAGGCGCAAAUCCGUCAUCAGCUGGCGCCCUUCUCUGAUCAGUAUACGUCUCUCAAAUUUGACUUGCUGGGCUCUGCUCUGCCGGAUCCGCACGACCAGAACCGCGCCACCGUCCCCUUGCGCAUCGUGGUGCAGGCACGACGGUCAGAGGAUAUUGCUCCCAGUCGUUUCCUCAAGCCCAUUUCGGAUAACAUCAUGCAAGGAUACCCUGGCGCUACCUUCCACUUGGAUAUGCGGCAGGGAUUCCCCCGGCCGGUCUUUGAGUACUAUGUCAGCUUGAUGCCCCAGUCCGCAGUCCAGCACCGUGUUCACAUGCCGUGGAAGCCCAACGAACCCACGCAAAUCUUGGACAUUUCACCCCCACCCAGCACUCAAACUUACCCGGAGCGCCAGCCAUCACGGCCUGUCACAGAGACCGAGGGGCCUAUCGACCUUGCCCGGGACUUUGGGCCGACGACUCGCGGCCCCCUUGGCUGGAUUGUGCAUGCUCGCUCCGGAGACAAGGGGGCAGAUGCCAAUUGCGGCUUCUGGGUGCGACACCGCGAUGAGUAUCAAUGGCUCAGGGCGUUACUGUCUGUCGACACGGCGCAGGAACUACUGGGAGACACGGGCCGUCAACAGCCUGAUCUAGCCGUUGAGCGCUUUGAACUGCCCAAGCUUCAUGCGGUGCAUUUCUUGUUCCGCAACCUGUUGGAUCGAGGCGUCGGCGUAACCACCACUGUCGACUUUCUCGGCAAGAAUGUGGCAGAAUACCUCCGAGCGCGCCACGUCGAUCUUCCGGUGCGUUUUUUAACCCGCGGCAAGCUGUGA